GGGAGCCAGGAGGCGGAAGUUCCCGGGGGCCGUGGGGACGGCGUACACACCACGAGUCACUUGUCAGCGCUCGUCUGAGGCGGAGGCAUCGCUGCGCCGGACCCGAGUUUCUUUCAUUUUGGGGCAUUGGACUUUGAGCCAUUAUAACCAUGAGCAACUACAGUGUGUCCUUGGUUGGCCCAGCUCCUUGGGGUUUCCGGCUACAAGGUGGCAAGGAUUUCAACAUGCCUCUGACAAUCUCUAGCCUUAAAGAUGGCGGCAAAGCAUCCCAGGCAAACGUAAGAAUAGGUGAUGUGGUUCUCAGCAUUGAUGGAAUAAGUGCACAUGGCAUGACUCAUCUUGAAGCCCAGAACAAGAUUAAGGGUUGUACAGGCUCUUUGAAUAUGACUCUGCAAAGAGCAUCUGCUACACCCAAGCCUGAGCCGGUUCCUGUUCAAAAGCCCACAGUCACCAGCAUGUGUGCCGAGACUGCCCAGGAGCUAGCGGAGGGACAGAGAAGAGGAUCCCAGGGUGACAGUAAACAGCAAAAUGGUAACCCGGGCACUGUGAAAAUCCUACCCAAACGCCCACCAAGAAAGCACAUUAUGGAUCGUUAUACAGAGUUUUAUCACAUACCUACUCACAGUGAUGCCAGUAAGAAGAGACUGAUUGAAGAUACUGAAGACUGGCGUCCAAGGACUGGAACGACUCAGUCUCGCUCUUUCCGAAUCCUCGCCCAGAUCACUGGGACUGAACGUAUGAAAGAAUCUGAAACUGAUAAUACAAAGAAGGCAAAGUUUGACAGUUCUCUGGAAGAUCUCCCUAAGAGUGGACCUCACCCACCUGCAACUCCUCAGGUUUUACAUAUUGGUAGCCAAGUAGCCACACUUUCUAAAGUAACUACCUCUUCUAGCAGCUCCACAAGAAAUGUGACGACAAGUUCUUUGGAAGGGUCUCGAAACUUGUCUACCUUGUCUUCUCCUGCUAAAUAUAGUGCUGCCGUUCUGAGCAGCGCAGCCGCUACUGUGUCUGCUGUUCUUGCUGCAAAAACCAGGCUCUCCAGUCCUGACAAAUAUCACUCACUCCUGGAUGCACUUUGCGUCAGCCCUGUUUCCAAGCCUUUAGCUUUUUCGUAUCUCCAGCCCUCGAGGAAAUCAACUGGCUCUGUCCAUGUUAAGAAAACCAGCAGCUCCCAGGAGCCCUCUCAGCCUCUGGCCGCCGCAGCAGCUGCAUCUGGGAGCACGCCUGAGGGGCCGGGAAGCCCAGGCUCGGCCAGACCAGGGGUGGCCGGGCUCACCACUGCUGCCGCCUUCAAGCCUCUAGGGUCCACCGGCGGCAUCAAGUCACCAAGCUGGCAACGGCCCAACCAAGCAGCACCUUCUACCGGAAGAGUCGCAAGCAGUGGGACAUCCACAGGAGCAGUGGCAUUGGCCACCUCAGCCGAAAGGCAGCCCCGGCCCAGUGACGAGGACACUUUAGUGCAAAGGGCCGAGCACAUUCCCGCAGGGAAACGAACUCCAAUGUGUGCCCGCUGCAACCAGGUCAUCAGGGGACCAUUCCUAGUGGCACUGGGGAAAUCUUGGCACCCAGAAGAAUUUAACUGUGCUCACUGCAAAAAUACGAUGGCCUACAUUGGAUUUGUAGAGGAGCAGGGAGCCCUGUAUUGUGAGCUCUGCUAUGAGAAGCUCUUUGCUCCUGAAUGCGGCCGAUGCCAAAGGAAGAUCCUCGGAGAAGUCAUCAAUGCUUUGAAACAAACUUGGCAUGUUUCCUGUUUUGUGUGUGUGGCCUGUGGGAAACCUAUUCGUAAUAAUGUCUUUCACUUGGAGGACGGUGAGCCCUACUGUGAGACUGAUUAUUAUGCCCUCUUUGGCACUAUAUGCCAUGGAUGUGAGUUUCCCAUAGAAGCUGGUGACAUGUUCCUGGAAGCUCUGGCCUACACCUGGCACGACACUUGCUUUGUAUGCUCAGUAUGUUGUGAAAGUUUGGAAGGUCAGACCUUUUUCUCCAAGAAGGACAAGCCACUUUGCAAGAAACAUGCUCACUCUGUGAAUUUUUGAAAGUCAACAGUCCAGGGGAAGAGAAGAAAUUUGAGGAGAAAGAGGAGAAUUUAAAUCACCGAUUAAUUUUUAGAUUUAAUAUUUAUAUGGAGUUUUGAAAAAUAAUAGUGGCCCUGAAGGGAUAAAUUCCAAGCUUUGAAAACCAAGUCUGUGAGGAAAUAUCUGGCUUCAUAAAGUAAAGAGACAGUUUGGUGUUUAUUAUUACUUUUUUUUCCUGCAUUUUCUGCCCAUAAAAUAACUUUUAUAAAAGCCAGUUUCCUGGUUGACUGUUAAAUUCAUCUUAGAAUAAAUCAGUGAAGAAUUAAAUUUUAGAAUAAAAACCUUCAACCUCUAUGCUGAAAUAAUUAUACCUUCUUUCCUUACUAGGUAGUUGUGAGUAAAUCUAUAAAAGGCAAUAAAAAUGCCUUACACUUAAUUAAUAAGUGAAACAUUGUGUUUUUCUAAAAAAUAGUGUUUAUCUUUAAAACAGUAAAUAGGAGUUUAAACAGAAUUUUAUCAGUAGUAGGUGUCAGGGUUUUUUAAACUGUAUACUUUUUUUUUUUUUUUGGUCUUUACAGUUGAUCAUUCCAGUAGGAAAGGCCAAUGAGAUUUUGAUCAAAAUGUGUCAUGCCCAAAAGAGAUGUUAUAUUUUUCUCUGAUCCCCUCCACCCCCAGAAAGCUACCAUAUAGCUUAUAAACUUUAAAUUUUUGCCUUUUAUUAAAAUAUGACCAUUUCUAUCCAUUGUGUAUGUUUCACCACCUGUAUUAGUCAAACUAUUUUUUUUUCCCUUCCCCAUGCUGAGGUAAAGAGCUUGUUGAAUAACUUUGGACUCUGAAAGUUUUCUGUCUUUAAAGAGAAUAAAUAGAAAAGAAUGCAGUUGGGAAUUAUGGUAAAUCAGAGGAUUCGAUCAGAAAAUUUUUAAAAUUCCCCCUUUUUGGACAAUGAAUCAGUUAGAUCUGUUUCAGAAUUAUAGUACUGACUGAUGAAGGUUUGAAAUUUCUCUUUGCAGAAUAAUUGUUUUUCUUUAGUUCUACAUUGGAAAAAUAAAAGAUUGGCUUGGGGAUGUGAUAAAAAUUUAGAUUUUUUUUUUCUUUUGGUAGUUCUUUCUCAAUAAUAAAUGAACCACUUCCAAAUGUAAUCGUGAAGUUUGGAAUUCACAGAGGUUUGAUAGUAUAGAGAGGAACGUGAUUAAUUAUUCAGACCAGCCUUUCUUUGUUUUUUUCAUUUUAGGGAAAAAAUUAUGUAGAUACCACAGGAAGACAGAGAAGCAAUUGUGGUAAAAUUGUGGAUCCUAUUGAUAUUUGAGAAAAGAGAUUAUGGCAUAUGAUAGUUGUUUUUUUUUUUUCUUUGUUACCAAAAUGGACAAAAGCCCAUGAUCACACUGAGUUAUCAUUUAAGUUUGUUUGGGGAAGGGUGCUUUUACAGUUGAGACUGAGCCCCAAGCCCUGCCUGUCCCAUCAGUCACUUGCGACUUCAUUGUGUGCAUGUUUGUUAGAGAGGGGGUUUUAAGCUAUAAUAUUUGUUUAACCUCCCUAAGAACUUUUCAAGGUAUCUGUCCUGAAAGCUGCUAAUUUAUCGUCUAGCAGACUUAACAUGCUGAUAAUAAUUAACUGGGGAUAAAAGAACGAGAAGGGUGACACAAAGUAGCAAACUAAAUGGUUCACCAAUAGCAACCCCAAACUACCUCCUCACCCUGCAUCUGUAGGGAGGCAGGAAGUUUUUUGCUGUUUGUUUUCUGAAAGCUGGAACUGAAUUGUGCGUUAUUUCCCAUUGCUGCUGAAACCACCUGUAGAAGACAUGCCGGCUGUGUGCAUUGUCACGUUAUCUUAGUGUCAGUCCUUUGCUUUACACAACAUAAAGUAAGUUGGUGGUUUUGUCUUGGUGUGGUAGAGAUUUGUUGUUGUUGUUACUUAGUUUUGCCUUUACCGAUUAGACGCCAAGAUAGUAUUUGAUAAGUCAGUGGCAUUGGAAUGGCAUUUGGGUAUUUCCUUCAAAGAAUUUUAUUUGACCUGGAUUUCUUAUAAAGUUAUCUUACAUUAAACACUUCGUUUUUAUUACACUUUUCUUUCUGCAUAUUAUUCAUGGAGCAUAAUGUUGCAUUUCUCUCAAUGUUAUCCCUAAAAGGAUAACGUCGCUUCCUAACCUAACAUUUUGUCUUUGUGCUUUGUCCUUCUCUUCUGUGGCAAAGCCUUCUUCUGUCUGUUCCUCAAACAGUUAAUCCUGUGAAAUAAAUAUUGAUUAUAACCCAGAAGACUCUCUGUAUUUUACAGUGGGGAAUGCCAUAUUUAAUACACCAGCAUUUAUCUUUCGGUAACUGGCAGAGAGCACUUUAAUCUUCUGGUGAGCCCCCUGAAUAUUUAUUUUUCUGAUUAUAAAUAUUCCAUGUCAGUAGUAUUUUUUAAAUUAUUACCUCUUUAUUGUAGAGCAUUACUUUUAGUCUCUCUAGAUGUAUAUUUUGGAAUGUUGUGCUUAGGAUAAUACAGAUUAAGAUCACAGUACAUGACUCUAAAGCAUCCCCUGCUUGAAUUCCCCAGUUUGCAGAUGUUAGUGACCGGUUCAAAUGUACAGCAUUUCUACAGGGACGGAAUGUUGCUCACUGAAGUAGCAGCCUAAAAAUAAUGCCCUCUGCAUAUGCUUGUGGCAUUCGUAUUUCCAGUUAAUUCAGAUUACAGUUAGAGUCUAAAACUAAAACCUGAUCACCUGGUCACUGUAUGAAGACAAGUAGAAAUAAGAGUUUAAUCUUCAAAAUAUUAGUGCAGCGUUAUGUUUAAAAAUGAUCUAUAACACAAAGGCAUUCGUGGUACCAUUUUCAAGGACCACUUUUAUAGAAAAUAAUUCCUCUUCCCUGUUCAAGUGUAAAUCUAGAGUUAUAUUAACAUUUUUGUGAUAUUUGGAGUUUAGUCACUCCUACUGAAAGGAGAAGCUUUUCAGACAUAAGGGAAGGGAAGACACACUGAAUAAUUUUACACAAAUUUAAUGUGGCUUCAUUUUGUCCCCCUUCACCCCCUAAAUGUUUUAAGGUUUGGGGUUUGGAUUUUUCAAUGUGUCAUUUGCCUUAUGUGUUAAUCUCUAUCUUCUGUUUCUUUACAUUUUUCAAUUUGUAUGUGUCUGUGCUGUUUUGCUUUUGGAUACAUUUUCUAAUUAAAAACCACAUGAGAAAUAUAAUCAGUAUAGUAAUACCUUAAUAUGCACACAUUCAGUAAAUAAAUGGCUGCAGUGAUGUAGACAGGCUUUCCUGGUUUUUCUUUUUGGGUGGCAAGUGGUUUCCAUUAAGUCAUGGGAAAAAAAAUCAUGUUCACAGGAUAGGCUGAGAUGUGAUCAUUCUCAGGAGAAUUCCUCUUUCGCGGUAUUUGCCUAUCAAAAUGUCCCAGAAACAAUAUGUUUGAAAAUACUGUCGCUUUUAUUCUAUUUUAAUCCAUAUUUAUGCUCUGCAUGUGGCAUGUGCACAAUAAA